GGACCUGUCUGUCCACACAGCCCUAACACAGAGCGCCUGGCCUCAACCCUGCUUGCACUGCUGAGCCCACCAGCUCUUGGGACAGCCCACGUUCCCGAUGGAGACUCUGAGGCCUCAGGCUCUGCUUCUUGCCAGACUUCGUUCCAGGGCUGACCCUUGGCCCUGCCUGGCCCUGCCGGCUGGCUCCCACCCACCGUGCUUCAUGGCGGCUGAAGAGAUGCACUGGCCCGUCCCGAUGAAGGCCAUUGGUGCCCAGAACUUAUUAACCAUGCCUGGGGGCGUGGCCAAGGCUGGCUACCUGCACAAGAAGGGUGGCACCCAGCUGCAGUUGCUCAGAUGGCCCCUGCGCUUUGUCAUCAUCCACAAGCGAUGCAUCUACUACUUCAAGAGCAGCACGUCUGCCUCCCCGCAGGGCGCCUUCUCCCUGAGCGGCUAUAACCGGGUGAUGCGGGCAGCUGAAGAGACAACGUCCAACAACGUCUUCCCCUUCAAGAUCGUCCACAUCAGCAAGAAGCACCGCACAUGGUUCUUCUCGGCCUCCUCUGAGGAUGAGCGCAAGAGCUGGAUGGCUUUGCUACGCAAGGAGAUUGGCCACUUCCACGAGAAGAAGGAGUUGCCCCCGGACACCAGUGACUCCAGCUCGGACACAGACAGCUUCUACGGUGCAGUCGAGCGGCCUGUGGACAUCAGCCUCUCCCCAUACCCCACAGACAAUGAAGACUACGAGCAUGAGGAUGAAGACGACUCGUACAUGGAGCCUGACUCCCCUGAGCCCAUGGAGCCCGAGGACACCCUGACCCACCCGCCGGCCUACCCCCCACCUCCCGUGCCCACACCCAGGAAGCCAGCCUUCUCCGACAUGCCCCGUGCUCACUCCUUUGCCUCCAAGGGCCCGAGCCCCCUGUUGCCACCCCCGCCCCCUAAGCGUGGCCUCCCUGACACCAGCCCAGCUCCUGAGGACUCCAAGAGGGACCCACUGGGCCUGAGGCGGCCUGAGCCUGGCCCCAGAGUGCCCAUGGCCCCCCGGAGGAUGAGUGACCCCCCGCUGGGCCACCUGCCAACCACGCCCGGCCUCCGGAAACCCCCUUGCUUACGCGAGAGCGCCAGCCCCAGCCCAGAGCCCUGGGUCCCCGGCCAUGGGCCUGGCUCUGCCUCCAGCCCUGCCAACGUGGCCGCUGCCUCCUCCAGGAACUGUGACAAGCUCAAGUCCUUCCAUCUGACCCCCCGGGGGCCACCCAUGCCCGAGCCUCCACCCGUGCCGGCCAACAAGCCCAAGUUCUUAAAGAUGGCUGAAGAGGCCCCUGCAGGGGAGGCAGCCAGGCCCAGACUCUUUGUGCCCCCGGUGGCCCCCAGGCCUCUUGUACUGAAGCUGCCCAUGCCUGAGGGCAGCAAGCCAGCGGUCCUGCCGAGGACAGAGAAGCCACCCCUCCCCCACCUCCAGAGGUCACCCCCUGACGGCCAGAGUUUCAGGAGCUUCUCCUUUGAAAAACCCCGACGGCCGUCGAGGGCGGACAGCACCGGCGGGGAGGACUCCGACGAGGAUUAUGAGAAGGUGCCGCUGCCCAGCUCUGUGUUUAUCAACACCACGGAAUCCUGCGAAGUGGAAAGGCUGUUCAAAGCCACAAGCCAGGGAGAGCCCAGGGAUGGACUCUACUGCAUCCGGAACUCCUCCACCAAGUCAGGGAAGGUUCUGGUCGUGUGGGAUACAAGCUCCAACAAAGUGAGGAACUACCGCAUCUUUGAGAAGGACUCUAAAUUCUACCUGGAGGGUGAGGUCCUGUUUGUGAGUGUGGGCAGCCUCGUGGAGCACUAUCACACGCACGUGCUGCCCGGCCACCAGAGCCUGCUGCUGCAGCGCCCCUACGGCUACACGAGGCCCAGGUGACGCCAGUGACACAUGCUGCUGGGCAGAGCUGAGCCACGGGGGCCAUGACCCCCGGCCACGCAGAUGAGACGGGCCUGCAUGGGAGGAGGAGCCAGACCGAGCACUGUGCUCCCACCCAGGGUCUCCCCGACGGAUACCUUGUAGAAUCUGCCAGGCCAGGCCCCACGCAGCAGGCUGGGUCCCUGGGGCUGGGCCAGGCUCUGCACUCCAGAGGAUUGGGGGGCUCUCCUGUGACAUGCAGCCCACCCUGUCCCACCUCCCCGGAGCCCAGGGUCCCAGGACCGAGCCCUGCCUGGGCUUUGUGGACAAGAAUUGUGGUCACCCCACCCCUCCCCAACUCCACCAGCACAUGAACCCUGCACUGUGCUGGGAGCUGGGCAGGACUGGGCAUUUGGGGUUGGGCAGAGGCUGGCCCCAGGACUGCCACCCCCAGGAACUCUAAGACGCAGGCACCAGUAUGGGCCAUUGAUGUACAAUAAAGCACAGAUGACAUUUCCCUCA